AUGUCGCAACCACGUGCAAAACCCAUCGAGCCUGGAGAACUCGACACUCACCCGGGCUUUGCUCGGAGGAACGAGGUUGUCAGAAGGGCUGACUACCUUGUUCAAAAUUAUCUCGAAGUACCUCCUCAUAUUCAAGCCGCAUACAACAUCAUCACUAGUAAACGCCAAGAUUGGGCCAUGGUUGACAACGCGACAAUAUGUCACACUAUCGACUCACUGCCACCCGGGCUCACAGAGCGCAAGAUUUACAGAAGAGACGACCUCAAGGAGCCCAACCCCUUGAACGAACCGGGCUACUACCAAAUAAUGCGCCGUAUCCUCACCGCCGAACAUAUCUUCUACACAGGACCCCUAGCAGGACACAUCCUUGAGCAAAUGGGCGAGCCCGGCGGUCCUUUCAAGUAUUACCUCAAACAAUCCAACAUCUCCAUCACCAACCUCCUCCACUUCACCCGAGCCGUCUCCCACAAAGCCCAAAAACCCAAGUUAUCCCCCAUUGAGAAGAAACCCCCGUCCCAAAGCUCCUCCAGCAAGGCCCCCUCCAUCGACCCUCCACCCAACAACAGUAUAAUCCACCCACAGUUCCAGUACAACAACAUCAACCGCCAAUCCUACUUCUUCGAAGACAUGUCCCGCGUCCUCCGCAAAAAACCAGACAACCACACUCAGCUCGAGCACCGCACCUUUCUCCUCCCCGACUUUCAAUCCCCCCACGAGUACAUCGACAGAGGAAUCCUCAAAAUCAACUCCCACACCCUCCUGUUCGACACAACCCUCAACAACACCCUUCUGAAACUCAUCCAAGAGCUCGACGUCAGACCAGGUAUCAUCGUAAAAGAGUUCUCCUUCUGGCCAGACGGAGCGGACUCAAACCUGCCAGAGACACCCAGUAGAUGGACCGAUUUCUACUCGGUCCACCACUGGCUCUCAGACAACUACACCAUCUACCCUUUCGCCCUCCCAUCUCCCAAUCCUCCCUCCGGAAGCGGCUUCGUAGCCUGCAUGCCCAAAAUCUACGUCCUCAAGAAAAAGACAUCGUCGCUGGGUGUAUCGAAGCUUAUCGGAAGAGCGAGGAGUCUUAGUAGGAGUGUCUCGCCAUCUCCAGGGCAGCCAUCAUCAUAGGAAGAGAUAGUAGAAUGGGAAAAGUAAUUAGAAAUCUACAAUAUCCCCAAAAAAAGCGGGGUUGAAAUGGAAUGCAGGC